GAUGUCUGGUAGAGGAAAAGGUAGUGGGAAAGGUCGCGCCAAGGCGAAGUCUCGGUCGUCCCGGGCUGGCCUGCAGUUCCCGGUGGGCCGUGUUCACAGGCUCCUGAGAAAGGGCAACUAUGCUGAGCGUGUGGGUGCCGGAGCGCCGGUCUAUCUGGCUGCGGUGCUGGAGUAUCUGACGGCUGAAAUCCUGGAGCUGGCCGGCAACGCGGCCCGGGACAACAAGAAGACCCGCAUCAUCCCCAGGCACCUGCAGCUGGCCGUGCGCAACGACGAGGAGCUCAACAAGCUGCUGGGAGGGGUGACCAUCGCUCAGGGCGGGGUGCUGCCUAAUAUCCAGGCCGUGCUGCUGCCCAAGAAAACUUCCGCUGCUGGAUCUGCUAAAAAGUGA